AUGGAAUUCACGGGCUUUGUAAAGUCGUACAUUAAGCUUAUCCACAUAGAGGAAGCUGUGAGAGCACGGAAUUGGGCAAUGUUGUGCCAGAGAGAAGAUUUGUUGAAGAAAACUAACUUAAAUUUGAGCAGAUUAUGCAGUGUGCAUUUUGAAACUACUAUGUUUUCAAAUAAAACUCGGAGCAGGUUAUGCAAAAACGCAGUACCAAGUUUAUUUCCUUCAAUAGAAGACAGUCCUAACCAACAUUCGAAUAUUGAUCAAGUAAGCCAAUUAGACGUAGGCCGUCAAAUCAAACAAAGUGGAUGUCAUCCUGAAAAUGAAGAGGGGCCAAGUACUUCAACUUCUGGAAAUAUUACUUCAGACAAAAUUAGCUUUGGCCCUGAUGUUAAUAUGUUAUUUUUAUCUUCUGAUGAGUAUAUUCCUGAAACUAGUGUUUCUUAA